CCACAGGCCGAUGCUCCAACCGCUGAGCCAAACCGGCCAGGGCAAGCUGAUAUGCUUUUAGAUCAUCUUAUCCAACACUUCCAAAAAAGCAAGGUAUCAAAGAAUUUCUUUGGGAUCAAUUCAACUGACAUUGGAUGCUACCAGUUGCUCCUGGAGAGGAAUAUGCGAAUGGAGAGGUUAAAUAUGUGAAAUAGGAUAGAGUAAGUUUUAAAGGUACAGGGAAGUAAGGCCUCACAUAUAACACUAUGGAAGGUCAAUGCAGGAAAAGUUUCGCUGGCAAUCUGAAUUGAAGAAGACAUCAUGGAGAGGAACUGAUUUCAUUGAAUCUUAAAAUCCUGAAUAUCUCCUUUGUGCAAACUGAUAAUAAUCCAAGGGCGUUUUCCAAAUGUGUUUUUCCUAAAAACAAGUUAUCAGGACAUAAUCCAUAUUUGAAGAUGAUGGUGCUUACAAUGUUGGAGACAUGCUAUGAUAUUUAUUAAGUCUUGAAAUUACUCAUAGGAUGGCUAAUCUGAUACAGUCUCUCUGAAGCCACUCUUAAAACCCUGCAUCUGGGCAAGCAAGAUCCUCUAGAAACUGAAAGAACCAGGGUGAAGAGUAGCUCAUUUUCAAGCUGGAGAACUUGGCAAACACCAGCUGCAGGGUUUACUUUGGUUUAGGAAUCCCACUGCCUCACUGGAGUGCCAAUCAAAAUUCCACAGCCAUUCUUGGCUACUUGGAGGUGGGGCUGACUGAUGUACAGCAGUGAUUUGACCCAGCACUUGGGGCAAACACAAACCAGAGUCAUCAGUGUCAAUCCUGUUGUCUUCCAACCAGCAUUUUGAAAGUACGUUAACACUGGUGGCCUUGCACUUUUCAUCGGACUUCUAACUGACAGCUGACAAUGAUUAGAAGAAUUGAUUCUUUCUGAGACUCAUCAAAUCACGUUCUAUAAAAUCCAUAUCUUGGCUGUUCAUCUGUGAAUCAGCCAGAGUUCUUAGAAACCUGGGACUUAAAGGAAGCAGGUGCCAGACCUUAGCUUUUUCCCUGAACAAGAAAAAUGGGCUGCAGUCGAAACCAGGGGCUCAUUGCUGGUGCUGUCAUUGGUGCAGUGCUGGCUUUGUUUGGAGGUAUUCUCAUGCCGGUUGGAGACAUGCUCAUUGAGAAGACAAUUAAAAAGGAAGUUGUUCUUGAAGAAGGUACAACUGCCUUUAAAAACUGGGUUAAAACAGGCACAGAAGUUUACAGACAGUUUUGGAUCUUUGAUGUGCAAAAUCCAGAUGAAGUGAUAGCUAACAGCAGCAAUAUUAAAGUUAAGCAAGUAGGCCCUUACACGUACAGAGUUCGUUAUCUAGCCAAGGAAAAUAUAACCCACGACUCUGACAACUACACAGUCUCUUUUGUACAGCCCAAUGGUGCCAUAUUUGAACCGACACUGUCAGUUGGAUCAGAGAAUGACACCUUCACCGUUCUCAAUCUGGCCGUCGCUGCUAUACCCCAUCUCUAUCCAAAUGCAUUUGUUCAAAUGGUACUCAAUUCACUUAUCAAAAAGUCAAAGUCAUCUCUGUUUCAAAGGAGAACUGUGAAAGAACUCUUGUGGGGCUAUAAGGAUCCAUUCUUGAAUUUGGUACCAUACCCUAUUGCUACAACAAUCGGUGUAUUUUUUCCUUACAACAAUACUGUAGAUGGAGUUUAUAAAGUUUUCAGUGGAAAAGACGAUGUAACCAAAGUUGCCAUAAUUGACACUUAUAAAGGUAAAAAGACUCUCGGCUAUUGGCCAAGUUAUUGUGACCUGGUUAAUGGUACAGAUGCAGCCUCGUUUCCUCCUUUUGUUGAGAAGACCCGGGUACUGCAGUUCUUCUCCUCGGACAUUUGCAGGUCCAUCUAUGCUGUGUUCGGAGGCGAAAUUAACCUGAAAGGAAUUUCGGUGUUUAGAUUUAUUCUUCCACCCAAGGCCUUUGCAUCUCCAAUUCAAAAUCCAGACAACCAUUGUUUCUGCACAGACAGAGAGGUCUCAAAUAAUUGUACAUAUUAUGGAAUCCUAGACAUUAGCAAAUGCAAAGAUGGAAAACCUGUGAUCAUUUCACUUCCUCAUUUCCUGCAUGCAAGUCCUGAAGUUUCAGAAAAAAUUGAAGGCUUAAGACCAAAUGAAGAAGAACAUAGCACAUUCUUAGAUGUUGAACCUAUAACUGGAUUCACUUUACAAUUUGCAAAACGGCUGCAGGUCAACCUAUUGGUGAAAACAUCAAAAAAAAUUGAUGUUUUAAAGCGUCUGACCAGUAACUAUCUUGUGCCUAUUCUUUGGCUUAAUGAGACUGGUACCAUUGGCAAUGAGAAGGCAGAAAUGUUCAAAAAACAAGUGACUGGAAAAAUAAAUCUCCUUGGCCUGGUACAAAUAGUCUUACUCAGUGUUGGCGUGGUAAUGUUUGUUGCAUUUAUGAUUUCAUACUGCGCAUGCAGAUCAAUGAAAGCAAAAUAAACAGCAAAUGAAUCUUUGCAUUUAUGUACCAGCCACAUCAGGACCCCUUUGUUAAUACUGACCUACAAAAUGAAGAUUUCACAUGCUUUAUUUUUACAAAACAUGCCUCAGCUUAUAGUUGAAGAAAUGGUGGCACUAUUCAUUUUUGCUAUAAGCAGCAAUACAAUUCUGAAGGAUUAUUAAGAUGUCAUUAAAAUCCAUGUGAACAAGAAACCGGCACCUUUAAAAAUUCAUCAUGUGUACAGUUGAAUUGAUUUCAGUUUUUAUGGACCAGAUUCAAGCAGGAAACAAUUAUUUUUAUUUGGUACUGAUUCACUAAUUGAUUCCAUGGUGACAAAUUCAGCAAGGAGUGGACAUUCUAAACAAAGUCUGGAUCCUGAACUCAUCUUCCUCAUCAAGGGAAAGCAGCAUCACUCUUGGUAGGGUCCCUGUUCAGUUGCAGGAGACCCCAGGACGGGUAAUACAUUGUAUUUUAUGAACAUCAAUUAUUUUGAAAGACAUUUAAGAAAGAAAAAUAAAUGAUUAGCCUAUGAGUUAUUUAUUAUACAUUACUUUAAUUUCUUUAUCUAAUGGAUUUUUGUAUAGCAACAGCAGGCAUUAUAAUUAUGUUCUUUAUAACAAUAUGAGCUUACAUUUUUGUCACUGAUUAUGCAGAUGGAAGUCAUUUUUAGCACAUCUUGGCUCUCCAUGUUAAGGACUUUGUCAUUUUCCAUGUUUUGCAGCCCUUCUGGAAAUCUGAGUUGAUUUUGAUCUUUCUACUCAGUUACAUAUAACUUAUGCUUCACAUCUUCAGAAUGCUGUGCUAGUAUGAAAAGAUGUAAAUGAGAAUAAAAGAA